AUGUCCUCGGUAGUCAACACCACGGCUACUAGUGCCGAGAUCUCUGCUAUUCAAGGCUCCGAGGGCCUGCUCGGCCCUGUCCUGGCCCGAACGGUGGUUUGUCUGUUGUCUUUGCUGUUUGUGUGGCGAGCAUGGAGGUUUACGGUGCUGCCUUUUCUGCAUCCUGACCAGCCUAAGGAAUUUCCCUACUGGAUCCCAUUUGGUCUUGGAAAAACCCACCUCGCAAAUACUGGCGAGCUUAUGUUGGCUAGGAGCUAUCUCGGCAACACGGACGAUCCAUUCGCCCUGACGGCCUUCGGGAUGACUUUCUACGUCGUGACGCAGGCCAAGCACUCAGCUGAGGUCUACCGCAACACCGAGACGCUCUCAUUCGAGGCCUUCGUUCAGGGUCUGAUGCGUAUCAACGGCAACGACGAGGAUAUCAUUAAGGCUGUGUAUACCGCCCUGCCCGCCGAUAAGACCGGUUUCCCGAACCCCCAGGGCGAGUCGCUGGGUGUGUUAGCCCAGCGAAUGCACGCGCACCAGCUGCACCCGGGCGAGAACCUCGCUGCGCUCCAGAAGCAGGUCCAGGCCUGGGUCGACGGACAUCUUAACCUGGCCGACCUCGCGUCGUUUCCGAGCGUGGCGUCCACGAGCCCCGCUAGCAUCGAGGUGCCAUUGUACCAGUGGUGCUCCGAGGCCUUCAUCCAGCUCGGCCAGGAUGUAUACUUCGGCGAAACGCUAGCUGGGAUCGACCCAGCGUUGCCGGCGGCGUUUCUGGCCUUUGACGAGCUGAUCUGGAAGAUGCUGUACCGGUAUCCGGGGUUUCUAUCCGGCGAUAUGGCCGCACCGCGCGCCCGGGUCAUCGCCUCGCUCAACCGGUACUUUCAAGUGCCGCCCGGCCAGCGGCGCGGCGGCGCGGCCUGGCUCGUCAACGCUAUGGAAGACGAGAUGCGGGCAAUCGGUGUCGAGGGCAAGAACUUAGCCAUCGUCGUGUUUCAUCUGUACCUCGCCAUCAACACCAACGCCCGCAAGACGGCCUUCUGGAUGCUCAGCUAUUUGAUCCACAACCCGUCGCUGCUCGCGGCGUACCGUGCCGAGACAGCCGCCGCCUUCGGGCCGUCGGGCGCGCUCGUCGACCCGUUGCUGAUCCAAGAACCGGCGCGCUGCCCGUGCGUCGAUGCAGUGUGGCACGAGACGCUGCGGGUGUCGGGGUGGGCGGCAUCCGUGCGACUGGUGACGGCGGAUACGGUGGUCGGGGGCAAACGGCUGCGGCGCGGCGGCUGUGUCGUGGUGCCGCACCGGCUGCUGCACCUGGACGCGCGGGUGGUCGGGGCGCGACCCGACUGCUUCCGGCCUGAGCGCUGGGUGCCGAGCAAGGCCGGUGGCGGCGAUGCGCGCGCGGGCCUGGCGCGCUCCCCUGCGUGGCGCCCUUUUGGCGGCGGCAAGACCAUGUGCAGCGGCCGGUUCCUCGCGCGCUACUCCGUGACUGUCUUCGUGGCGGCGCUGCUGCGGCGGUUCGACGUGCAGCUUGUCGGCGACCCGCCGUUCCCGCGGGCCGACGAGGGCAGACCCGUGCUAGGGACCAUGUCGAUCAAGGAGGGCGACGAUUUCCCGGUGAGGAUUUCGCUGCGGGCGUGAGGGGCUUUGAGGGGGCAGCCGGGCAGCAUGCGAAGGACGGGAUGGCGCUGAUAUCGUAGCUACGAAAGUGGUUGUAGGAAUGGAAUUACUUCUCUCUCUCUCUCGCUACCCCGUCUCGUGUCGUUCUCUCCGCAGUC